AUUCCCCGAGGUUUCCGGUGUUGCGAACGUCUCUGGUAAAGAUGGCGAUGAGCAUCCGAGGCCGUCCUAUCCGAAGUAUACGGAUGCGAGGUCGUAAUGACAGUGGGGAGGAAAAUGUACCGCUCGAUCUCACGAGAGACCCUGCCGAGAACAUGCGAGAGAUUCUCCAGAAUGUGGCCAAACAGCAAGGAGUCUCAAAUAUGCGCAAACUCGGCCACCUGAACAACUUCAUCAAGCUGCUCAUCAGUGUUGGGAAUUCUGAGGAAAAGUUUGGCUUUAACUAUGAAGAAAUUAUCCUAUGCCUCAGGUUGGCGCUGCUCAAUGAGGCUAAGGAGGUGCGUGCGGCUGGUUUGCGUGCUCUCCGCUACCUCAUCAGAGACAGUAAUAUUCUUCAGAAAGUGCUGCGGCUCCAGGUGGAUUACUUGAUUGCCAGGUGUAUUGACAUCCAGCAGAGUAAUGAAGUGGAACGCACGCAAGCACUCAGGCUGGUGAGAAAGAUGAUCACUGUGAACGCCCUGCUCUUCCCGAGCUCAAUCACAAACUCGCUCAUUGCUGUGGGUCACGAUGGACCGCAGGAGCGGGACCGUAUGGUUCGUGCCUGCAUCGCCAUUAUCUGUGAACUUGCACUGGAGAACCCUGAGAUUGUAGCAAAGAGGGGUGGUCUCAGCACCAUCCUGAAGAAUGUAAUCGACUGCCAGCUCAGUCGCAUCAAUGAGGCUCUGAUGACCACCAUCCUGCACCUGCUCAAUCACCCACACACACGGCAAUACGUUCGCUCUGACGUGGAGCUCGAGCAAAUCCUGGCACCUUACACAGACUUUCACUACAUACACAAUCCAGACACAUCAGAAGGUCAACUCAAAGAAGACAGGGAGGCUCGAUUUCUGGCCAGUAGGAUGUCAAUUGUUGCUUCCCUUCGCUCUUGGUCAGGCAUCAUCAAUCUCUGCAAAUCUGGCAACUCUGGAAUCCAGUCUCUCAUUGGUCUGCUGUGUAUACCAAAUAUGGAAGUGAGGCGAGGUCUGCUGGAGGUUAUGUAUGAUAUAUUCAGAUUCCCUGUUCCCGUGGCGACACAAGAUUUUAUAGAAGCACUUCUCAGUGUGGACCCCAGUAGGUUUCAGGACAGUUGGAGACUGUCAGAUGGCUUUGUAGCCUCAGAAGCAAAAGUAAUUCUUCCGCAUAGGGCACGGUCCAGACCAGAUUUAAUGGAUAACUAUCUCGCCUUACUACUUUGUGCUUUCAUCCACAGUGGACUUUUAGAGAGCCUGGUUGAAGUGAUCACUAGCAGUGAUGAUGGUGUUUCAGUGUGUGCAACCAUCCUUAUAGGAGAACUCCUGCAUAUGGUAUUAUACUCAAAUCAAUGCAACAGUGAAUACAGCUUAAUCUUGUACUAUAUCUCAUAUGACCUAAAAUGGACUUCGUUUUAUUUUCAGGCCAACACCAUUCUCCCCUACUCCCAUAGUCACCACCUGCACUGCCUGCCCACUCUUAUGAUCAUGGCUGCUUCUUUUGACAUCCCUCAGGAGAAAAGACUACGGGCAAGUGCUGCGGUCAACUACUUAAAGCGAUUUCAUGAAAAGAAGAAACGAGGCCCCAAAGCCAAUAGCCUUUACUUGGACCACAUUAUUCGCAAAUCACUGGCUGCUAACUACUGUCGGGACCAGCAGCAAAGGCCCCAGAGGGACAUUUUUGUCAUUAAGGACACUGAGGAGGUCCUGAUGAUGUGCCUCAGAGACAGUCAGAUUUUAAACCAUAAGCAGAAUUUGGAGUGGAACUGGGUCCUGAUAAGUACCAUACUUAAGUGGCCAAAUGCCAACCUUCGAAACAACAAAGAGGAACAGAUGCACAAGCUUGUGCGAAGGCUGCUGUUCUUCUACAAGCCCAGCAGCAAACUGUAUGCUAGCCUGGAGCUGGACCACAGCAAGGGCAGGCAAUUAACGGUGGUGGGCUGUCAGUUCAUUGAGUUCCUGCUGGAGUCAGAUGAGGAUGGACAGGUGUAUCUUGAGGACCUGGUGAAGGACAUUGUGCAGUGGCUGACCUCGUCCUCUGGGCUUAAACCAGACCGAAGUCUGCAGAGCAAUGGCCUCCUCACUACUCUCAGCCAGCACUACUUCCUGUUCCUCGGCACGCUCUCUGCCCACCCCCAGGGUGUUAAGAUGCUUGAGAAGUGCAGCGUCUUCCAAUGCCUGCUGAACCUGUGCACCCUGAAGAACCAGGACCAUCUUCUGAAGCUGACCGUUUCCACACUGGACUACAGUCGAGAUGGCUUAGCACGAGUCAUCCUCUCAAAGAUCCUCACUGCUGCCACUGAUAAUUCCAGGCUGUACGCCACCAAGCAUCUGCGGGUGCUACUUCGAGCUAACGUGGAGUUCUUCAGCAACUGGGGUAUUGAACUGCUGGUGACUCAGUUACACGACCGCAACAAGGCCGUCUCGGUGGAGGCUUUGGACAUACUGGAUGAGGCCUGUGAAGACAAGGCAAACCUACAUGCGCUGAUUCAGAUGAAGCCAGCACUAACUCACUUGGGAGACAAGGGUGUACUAUUGCUGCUACGGUUUUUGUCCAUUCCAAAGGGGUUCUCCUAUCUAAAUGAAAGGGGAUAUGUCAGUAAACAACUGGAAAAGUGGCAGAAGGAAUAUAACCUCAAGUAUGUGGACCUAAUAGAGGAACAGCUAAAUGAAGCACUCACUACUUACCGAAAACCAGUGGAUGGGGAUAACUACGUACGACGGAGCAACCAAAGGUUACAAAGACCAAAUGUUUUUCUUCCUGUGCAUUUGUAUGGGCAACUUGUACAUGAUAAGACAGGCUGUCAUUUGCUGGAAGCUCAGAAUGUAGUUUCAGACCUGAGCUACACGGUGCGCUGCCCAGUGCUGGACAAAUGGGAUGGCAUCAAACAGCUCAAAGCUGCUCUUUGGGCCCUGGGAAACAUUGGCACAUCUAACUGGGGACUGAACCUGCUGCAGGAAGAGAAUAUAAUUCCAGAUAUUGUCGCUCUUGCCCAUGACUGUGAGGUUCUGUCUAUCAGGGGGACAUGUCUUUAUGUUCUGGGAAUCAUUUCUAAAACUAAGCAGGGAUGUGAGCUGCUCAAACUGCAUGGUUGGGAUGCAGUUAGGCACAAUCGCAGAGAGCUUUGGCCUGUGGUGCCGGAUGAGGUGGAGCAGAACCAGAACCUACAGCAGCAGAAACAACAACAGCAACCCCUCAUCCACCUGUCCUCAGCGCCCAGCACCCUCAGCCUGAACUCUGAGUCCAGCUCUAGACAUAACAGCGAGUGUGACUCCACUCAGCCUAGCAUGUACAUCAUGGAUGAUGAUAAGUUAGAAAGCUCUGAGCUUUCAGAGGAUCAGCCACUGUACUUCAGGCCCAAACUCCUAAAGGACCGCAGCCCCUUCACCAUAUUAGCCUCCAGUCGACUUGUCCGUAACCGCUUCCUCAGCUCCCUCUCCGGAAAGAAACUCCGUAGUACCAGUGACCCCAAAGGCACUGGUAGCAGCAGUAAACUCCAGGGUGAGCCCACGUUAGGAGGCCUAAGGAGGAUACGCACAGUUACAGAUCCCUCUAUAUUCUCUCCAGUUCAGGGAGAUGUCUUCAGUCCUGUAUUUACUGAUGGGCAUCUGCCGAAAAGCCCAAGUGUUAAUCUGGAUACCUCUUUUGUGGGCAGCAAGACUUCCGAAACUCAGGGCAGCACAUCUAGCAUUGGGGAGCUGGAGGUCUGUCUUAACAAAGCUGGAGAACGGAGCUCAGGGGUUGGAGACGCCCCCCGAGAGCAGACUAGUCGGGAAAGGCUGGCCGGCGAUGGCUCAACCUCUGGGGGCGGGGCUCAAUUUAAGAGUCGCAGUCAGAGUUUCAACACAGACACGACCACCAGCGGCAUCAGCUCCAUGAGCUCCAGUCCAUCCCGAGAGACGGUGGGUGGCAUGGACUCUACUACCAUCGACACGGACUGUGUUAGCCUCAAUACGGUCAUUAGCACUCAAACUGUCAAAACACUUAACUCUCUCACGCCCCAUUCCAACCACCUGACUCUGUCCAAAUCUAAUUCCGUACUGCUGAUGCCACCAGGUUCCUCUCAUACUUUGCCACGCAGGGCCCAGUCCCUUAAAUCGCCCUCUGUCACGACCAUUUCAAGCCUGACUGACUGUAGCUUCAUGUACACCAGCCCUCGGGACGCAUUGGGCUAUGCUACCCUCAGACGACUACAGCAGCAGCGCAUUCAUCCUUCCCUUUCCCAUAGCGAAGCACUCGCCUCGCCUGCCAAAGAUGUGCUCUUCGCCGAUGCCAUCACUAUGAAAACUGGCAGCCUGGACUCCAGACUCACACCACGCAGGUAUACUAAAAAGCGCUUCAGAUGUCUGGGCCAAGGUUCAAGCAAGCCCCAUCGCAGAUCUCUGCUGCCACGGUUUCUUAAGGCUUUGAGUUUUGCAUCUCUGGACAAGGAGGAUCUUCUGAGCCCUAUCAGUCAGACCUCCCUGCAGCGCUCCUCCUCAGUGCGUUCCAUGGUUUCCAGUGCCACAUAUGGCAACUCUGAUGACUACAUUGGCCUGGCACUGCCAAUGAACAUCAACAGCAUGUUCCAGAUUAAAGACAUACCGUACUUCCAGAAGAGGACAAGUCCACCGUCAGAAGACCGAUCAGCAAAGUUCUUCUCAGGAGAUGCAGAUGGUUCCAGUGAAGGAUCCAGGCAUUCUGUUCUGCGAUCUCAGCUUAGUAUCACGGAGCUGAUUGCGGUGAGCCGUUCAGACCAGCACCAGCUGCUGGGUGUGGAGGAGACUGGCCUGCAGGAGCACAACGAGGAGAACUGCCUUUACUGUUCAGGGCUCUACGUGCUUGGCUGCAAUUUAAGCACUCCCACACAAAGCCGCACAGACUAUCCCGAUGCUCCGUUUUCGGAAUGGUGCAAUCAGUCCUUACACACCCUGGAAGUCAUGCCUCAGUCCAAGUUCUCAGGAGUGUCUGGCUGCAGCGAUGCUGUCUCUCAGGGCUCCGGUGGCAGCACACGCAGCACUGAGCUUGUUCUUGGGGUGAAAAAUAUUCCAGAGGAUGCUCCAGCCUGCCGUGUUCUUCUGAGAAAAGAGGUGCUUCGCCUGGUCAUCAACCUGAGCUCCUCAGUCGGGACAAAAGGGAAUGAAACUGGACUCCUCACAAUAAAGGAAAAGUUUCCUUUUGCAUUUGAUGACAUCUGCCUUUAUUCCGAAGUUUCAUACUUGCUGGCUAACUGCAUGUUCAGACUGGCUUCACGACGCUUCAUUCAGGAGCUCUUUCAAGAUGUUCAGUUCAUUCCGAUGUACGAGGAGGCUGAGAGCAUUCUGACAGUGCCCAAGAAGUCUACCACAGUAGAUCGUCCAUCAGAGCAGUGAUCCUCUAGGCGUUUUUCAGACUAUUCUCUUCCCCUAUGCAGCAAGUUGUCAAUCUUUUUCUAGGCCUGACCAUGCAACUAAAAUGAAUACGCAAUAAGAGACUAGGGCUAUUGAACAGACAUAAGUGGAUAAAGAGGGUCACCGGGAACGUGUCCACAGAGAUGGACAAAGUGGUACGCUAAGAGAACAAACUCUGAACAAAUAUACUUCACACAGAUGCUCUGUAGACAUCUACAGUGAAGUAACCAAAUAAACAUUGUAAAUGACAGUUAUGAACUGUAACGCAUUGAACAGAAUGUGAAACAUCUGUGAGUCAAUGCAAACUGUGUUUUAAAUGCAAGCGAGCAAAAUCAUUUAAGACUCAAUUAGGGAGUUUAUUAACUUCUGACAUUUCCGUUCAAUCAAUAUUGACAUUUUUUAAGGGCCUGGGCAUAUGAUUGCAUGUAAAAAAAAACAAAA